ACUUUUCCUAAUCCUUUGCAAGAUCAUCCGGCGUACUCAACUGUCAAGCAGUAUUUUGUCAAUGCAGAUGAUACAGUACCUGAAAAGGUGGUCGUUCAGAAGAACAGUCCACGAGGAGUCCACUUCCGUCGUGCUGGACCUCGUCAGAGAGUGUAUUUCGAGUCAGAAGAAGUGAAAGCUUGCAUUGUAACCUGUGGAGGCCUUUGCCCUGGGCUCAAUACUGUCAUCAGAGAGUUGGUCUGUGGUUUGUCCCACAUGUACAACGUUAACGAUGUUUUCGGAAUACAGAAUGGAUACAAGGGUUUCUAUUCGAGCAAUUAUCUUUCCAUGAUACCAAAGAGUGUGAAUGAUAUCCACAAACGAGGUGGUACGGUUCUUGGAACAUCUCGUGGUGGUCAUGAUACCAAAAAGAUUGUCGACAACAUUCAAGAUCGUGGAAUUAAUCAGGUGUACAUUAUUGGAGGAGAUGGAACUCAGAAGGGUGCAUAUGAGAUAUACAAGGAAAUUCGGAAGCGUGGUCUACAAGUAGCUGUUGCUGGUAUUCCCAAGACAAUCGAUAAUGAUAUAGCGGUUAUAGACAAGUCAUUUGGUUUUGAUACUGCUGUAGAGGAGGCACAGCGUGCCAUUAAUGCAGCUCAUGUGGAAGCUUCAAGUGCUGAAAAUGGGAUUGGGUUAGUGAAGCUUAUGGGUCGCUAUAGUGGGUUUAUUGCUAUGUAUGCGACUCUUGCAAGCAGAGAUGUGGACUGCUGCUUGAUUCCUGAGUCACCUUUCUAUUUGGAAGGGGAGGGUGGACUAUUCGAGUAUAUAGAUAGGAGGUUGAAGGAGAACAACCACAUGGUUAUUGUGGUGGCUGAGGGAGCAGGGCAGGAUCUUAUUGCUCAAAGUAUACCUGCUGCAGAUCAGCAAGAUGCUUCCGGAAAUAAGCUGCUUCUUGAUGUUGGUCUCUGGUUGACUCACAAGAUUAAGGAUUAUUGCAAGAGCAAGAAGAUGGAAAUGACUAUUAAAUACAUAGAUCCAACUUACAUGAUCCGUGCUAUUCCAAGCAAUGCAUCGGACAACGUCUAUUGCACACUGCUCGCACAUAGUGCCAUUCAUGGUGCAAUGGCAGGAUACAGCUUUACAGUUGGAAUGGUCAAUGGCAGGCAUGCUUACAUACCAUUUCAUAGGGUAACAUCGACGAGGAACAAGGUGAGGAUAACCGACAGGAUGUGGGCGAGGCUGCUGUCUUCAACCAACCAGCCGAGCUUCCUGAGCCAGAAGGACAUCAACGCCGCCAGAGAAGCCGAUAAGGCGGCCAACAGCAGGAAGAACGGAGAGAACGCGAAGAAGCAACCUGCAUCAGUGUUGGCAAAUGACACCGACGCCGUCGACGCGCCACUCGGGCGUCGACACAGCCGGCGAACGCAGAUCCUAUGCCACCAUCUGCAGCACCGGACGUCGACGACGCGAGGGCACUGACUCCGACAAUGCGGACGACGACACCGGCGCAGCCGCGGCAGAUCAGCCGGAUCAGCCAAACCAAGAAGCAGAAAUGGCGCAGGCGCCCGACGGUGCAGCUGCAACCGUAACCCUGGCGGAGGAGAAGCCCACGCCCGGAACAAACGCCUCGUGGCCCGCGGCGACGCCAGAGCGCGACGUGGCGCCGGCGCUGCAAACCGGAGAGCGUAGGGCGCAGGUGGGCGAGACGGAGCCGGACGUCGACAACGUAAUGCCCCGACCAGGCUGCACGAUGCCACCGUCGCCGCCGGCGCAAGACUCGGAGGGGUCCUCCGACACGCAGAGCGCCGACGGCCGCGGAGGAAGCCCACUGCACGGGGAGAAGCCGAGGCAAGCGGCGGGCGCGAGCGUGAAGCGGGACGUGGCCGCCUCCAAGUCGAGGCUGCUCGCGUUCCGGUCCUUCUCGCGGGACAAGAAGGCGGGCAAGCCCGGGGGUGUCGCGGACGACACGGCUUCUCCGGAGGGACGCAAGGCGGGGGAAGAGGGCGCGGCGGAGCACAAGGAGAAAGGCAAGGAGAUAAGGAAGAGGUUCUGGAAGUGAUCUUGAUCAUCAAAGUGGUGGUGCGCUAGUUUUUGCCGUGCACGUCUUGCGGGCGGCAAACUUGUAAUUAUGCACAGUGGUGGUGUACUUUGAUUUUUUUCCCCCUCCAAGUAUUGUGAUGCAGCAUGAGCUUGGAUUCAUUGGUUGGCUUUUUCAUGUAAUAAUUUAUCAACAGCUUCAAGUCACGAACACAACUUUGGUGCUA